GUCAGCCGUCGGGGCUCUCCGCGCUUCACUGCCAGAGAAACUUCAGCCACUUGCCGGGCAGUACCCAUCCUCUGCCCUGAGCGGCCGCCUGGGUGAAAGGAAGUGGUCCUUUGCAAGCCAUCAGAAUGGCGAGGACCAUGAGACCCGACAACAUUAACCCCCGGACGGGGAUGGUGGUGGCUCUGGUCAGCGUCUUCCUGGUGUUUGGUUUCAUGUUCACCGUGUCCGGCAUGAAGGGGGAGACCCUGGGGGACAUCCCGCUGCUGGCCAUUGGGCCAGCCAUCUGCCUGCCAGGCAUAGCCGCUAUUGCCCUCACCAAAAAGACCGACGGCUGCACCAAAUGGCCCAAGAAAAACAAGUGUUCGUGCUACAAGCAAGUCAGGGACCGGGAUGUCUUGAGGCUGCUGAGAACCCCCUCAGACCUGGAGUCUGGUAGGAUGAGAUGCAAGAGGCUGUCGAAGAAGGCAUACCAGAACAGAAGAGUGCUGCGGGGCAAGGACUCUGUGUCCGUCUGCACCACCACCACUGCCGCCAUGGGAGAGUGCAGGAGCUUCAACGGAAAAGUGGAGGAGGAGAUGCUGAGCUACCUGGAGACGUGUUACCCAGAGAUGCCAGGGAAUGUGCUAGUGAGAGAUGGCACAGUGUACAGUGCCUUGGAAAAGGAGAGCUCUUCUCCCACCGGGGACAGCACUGCCUGCCCAGACAUUGAAGACAACAUUUUUGUUGCUCCUAAAGACAGUAUCAUAGUCUGCUCUUACAAGGAAAACAGCCCUUAUGACCAAUACUGUUGUUACAUAAACCCCACUGAAGUCAACUCAGACCAAGAGACAAUAGUGUGAAAGAUGCAUACUUUAUAUAUAUGUAUGUAUACAAAACCAACAACUUCAACUUCGUGAUAGGGGAUAAUAUAGCUUACAGGACUGCAUGGGACAAUCCUGAUACUGUUACAGUUUAACGUGAUAUGUGACUGAUACUCAAACCUUG